AUGCCGCUGAAGCUCGCCAUGAUCGUCGUCCCACCGUUGUGCAUGACAUGCGUGGUGCUGAAACUGGCCGGCGUCUCUUGGCGGACCACGGCGCAGGUCGCCGCCGCCAUGGUCGUCUUCGUCGCCGUCAUCGGGCUCUGCGACCGCUUGAGGCAACGACCCUCACCUUGGCAGCAACCGGCGGCGGGGUCCAUGGCGGCUCCUCCACAGGAGGCGGUCCUCGGGCUUGGCGCGUCCGCCAUCGCCAGCCUGCCGGUGUACAAGUACAAGAAGAAGACCGGCGGCGCCGGCGACGAGUGCUCCGUCUGCCUCGGCGAGAUAAAGCCAAAGGAGACGGUGAAGCAGCUCCCCGUCUGCACGCACUUGUUCCACGAAGGGUGCAUCGACGUGUGGCUGCGGUCUCACUGGACGUGCCCGGUGUGCCGGACUCCUGUCAACGCGGCGGCGCCUGUGCCGGCGACUAUGGAGAUUGGAGGGCACACUCAGGCCAACUGA